CAUCUCUCUCCCCUUGGAAGCAAGCAGCGAGUAUCAUCCAACUGAUACUUACUGCAAACUCCUCCCAUCCCCUCACAACCGAGGAGAGAGAGAGAGCUUGUAGAGAGGAUGGGGAUGGGGCUGAACCUGGUGUUAGUAGUGGCCAUGGUUACCACCAACAUACUCUCUCUCUACCACCUCUCCUCUACCCACCUCCUCCAAACCCCACCUCCCCCUCCUCCAACCCAAAACCUCAUUCCUGACCACCUCCUCCGCCACCUUGCCACCAUCCGCGCCACCAUCCGAGCGACCGAAUCCCACCUCUCUCACCUCCGCUCCUCCUCCUCCUCUUCGCAACCUCCCCCUGAACUCCUCCGCUCCGCCGUCCUCUCCCCGGUUGGCUCGGCCUGUGUUCGCCAUCCUCAUCUCCUCCACCCCUUCUCCAGCUACAACUACACUUCCUCUUCCUUCUCUCUCUGCCCCUCCAAUUCCCACCACUUGGCCGAACAGCUUCUCACGCUGGGAUGCGAUCCCCUCCCCCUACGCCGCUGCUUCUCCCAAACCCCCACUAAACUCCUUCCCUUUCCCCGCCCCCUCUUUCCCAACUCCUCCUCCUCUCCCUUACCGGAUUCCUCCCUCAAUUGGUCACCCUUCUCUUGCAAGAGCUUCGAAUGCCUCUCCCGGUUCCAGCCCACCACUUUUGACCCCAAAUCCGAAGCCCUAAAAUGGGGCUCCUCCUCAUCAACCUCCCCCCUCGAUCUCACCAUUGAUUCCGUUCUCAAUCUCUCUUCUGCUCCGAUCCGGCUGGGCCUCGACAUCGGGGGCGGUUCUGGUGCCUUCGCCGCACACAUGCGCCGCCGAUGUAACGCCACCAUCCUGACCACGACCCUUGAUCUGGAUGCCCCUCAUGGUGAGAUUGCCGCCUUGCGAGGCCUCCCACCUCUGCACAUUACGCUUCACCACCGCUUCCCCAUCUUCGAUAGCACCAUGGAUCUCGUGCAUUGUGGGAGGGCGGUCAAUCGGUGGAUCCCCACUGUGACUAUGGAGUUUUUGUUCUAUGACAUUGACAGGGUUCUUAGGGCUGGGGGUUUGCUUUGGUUCGAUCACUUCUUCUGCAAGAUGGUCGAUUUGGACAAGGUUUAUGGGCCCUUAAUGAGGAAAAUGGGGUAUAAGAAAUUGAGGUGGAUCACUGCGAAUAAGACUGAUGCAUCAGGAGUCAGGAAUGGGGAGCUUUUCUUGACUGCUUUGUUGCAGAAGCCUGCCAGGCCCUAACCCUAGCCCUAGCCCCCCUCUUUCUCUCUGUAUCAUCUACUGAUUAAUAUUUUACCACCAUGCCUGCUGCUACUUCUAAUUAGUUUUGGUCCUUUGCAAGAUGGUUUUUUUUUCCUUUCUGUUUUUUUUUGAUGGAUCAAGUGAUACAAGAUGUAUAAUUUGCACUUUUUCAGGGUCUCCUUUGAUGCUAUACCAUGCAGCUUAUAGAAUCGGUUGGAAAAGCAAAUGAUGAUGUUUGGCUGUAGAUCUGAAAUUCCUUGUUGGUAUUA